AGAUGGGCAUAGAAGUGAAGUGAAAUACCAGAGGAUUCUAGGAACUACUGGACAAGGAAGCAAGAAGGGGCAUGCCAUGAUGCGAAUAUGCGAUAUGAAAUUGUGACAUUGACGACAAGGCGUGUAAAACUGAAACUUCUAUAUCUUCUUCAAUCGACAACUCUAGAAAUAAUCAUUUCCUCUGCAACACCCUUCGUGCAAAGCAAAAUGACAGAACCACCGUUUAGACCACGAGAGAAACUUAUUGAGAAGCAAAAGUAUUUCCAGAAUAUCCAUAAACACACAUACUUGAAAGGGCCAUAUGACAAGAUCACAUCUGUUGCAAUACCACUCGCAUUGGCAGCAACUUCGUUGUAUCUGAUUGGAAGAGGGAUCUACAAUAUGUCACAUGGAAUAGGGAAGAAAGAAUAAGUUUGGUGCCUUAAUAAGUUUUUUAGUUUACAGACUUUGAUCAACAACGGAGGUUCAAAAGUGGGAAUGAAUAGAAUAGGGUUCUUUCUUUGUUUGAUGUAACUAUUAGUGAUUUGAUACUUGUGUGUAAUGACUGGAAAAGUUCAUGUUUAUUUUGUCCGUGCUUGACUUUUGUUAUACAAGGUCAAACGUUUUCCUUUACA